UCCUUUUUUAUGCCACUUAACGAAGUAGCUUCUUCCGCUGUACAACUUACACGGAAAUGCGUCUCGAUGGCGCUAAAACAGGCGCGUCAGCUCCACGCUAUCAUCCUCACUGCCGGCGCUGGCUCCGCUUCCGAAUCUCCGUACGCAAAUAACAAUCUCAUCUCAAUGUAUGUGAGGUGUGGUUCACUUGAACAAGCACGGAAACUGUUCAACAAAAUGCCUGAGAGAAACGUAGUUUCUUACAAUGCACUCUAUUCGGCGUAUUCCCGGAACCCAGAUUACGCAAGUUAUGUGUUUAGUCUGAAUCCUUGUAAUGUGGUUGUCCAGACAUCGGUUUUGGGGAUGUACUCCAGUUGCGGGGACUUAGAAUCUGCGAGGAGAAUCUUUGACUGUGUAAAUGGCGGAGACGCGGUUGCUUGGAACACAAUGAUAGUUGGGAGUUUGAGAAAUGAUAAGAUAGAAGAUGGGCUUGUGCUCUUUAGAAGCAUGUUGAUGUCUGGUGUUGAUCCAACAACGCGACGUUUUAAAGUUUCUUUUAGAAAACCUGAAGCUAUCGUUUCUUUUUUUAUGCCACUGAACGAAAUAGCUUCGUCUGUAGUAGAACUUACACGGAAAUGCGUCUCGAUCACGGCACUAAAACGGGCGUGUCAGCUCCACGCUAUCAUCCUCACCGCCGGCGCUGGCUCCGCUUCCGAAUCUCCGUACAAAAAUAACAAUCUCAUCUCAAUGUAUGUGAGGUGUGGUUCACUUGAACAAGCACGGAAACUGUUCGACAAAAUGCCUGAGAGAAACGUAGUUUCUUACAAUGCACUCUAUUCGGCGUAUUCCCGGAACCUAGAUUACGCAAGUUAUGCGUUUAGUCUGAUAAAUCAAAUGGCAUCUGAAUCCUUGAAGCCCAAUAGUUCGACUUUCACUAGCUUAGUGCAAGUAUGUACUGUGCUUGAGGAUGUUUUGAUGGGGUCAUUACUACAUUCGCAGAUUAUAAAGCUUGGAUAUUCAGAUAAUGUGGUUGUCCAGACAUCGGUUUUGGGGAUGUACUCCAGUUGCGGGGACUUAGAAUCUGCGAGGAGAAUCUUUGAGUGUGUAAAUGGCGGAGAUGCGGUUGCUUGGAACACAAUGAUAGUUGGGAUUUUUAGAAAUGAUAAGAUAGAAGAUGGGCUUAUGCUCUUUAGAAGCAUGUUGAUGUCUGGUGUUGAUCCAACGCAGUUCACGUAUUCGAUGGUGCUGAAUGCUUGUAGUAAACUGGGAAGCUAUAGAUAUUCUGUAGGAAAAUUAAUCCAUGCCCGGAUGAUAGUCUCGGAUAUUUUAGCUGAUUUACCUGUAGAAAAUGCUCUUCUUGACAUGUAUUGCAGUUGUGGGGACAUGAAAGAAGCAUUUUAUGUGUUUGGGAAGAUACAUAACCCAAAUUUGGUUUCAUGGAACUCGAUUAUUUCGGGGUGCUCAGAAAACGGCUUUGGAGAGCAAGCGAUUCUUAUGUAUAGAAGGUUGCUGAGGAUAUCCACACCUCGACCGGAUGAAUAUACUUUCUCUGCUGCUAUACCUGCGACAGCUGAACCAGAAAAAUUUAUUCAUGGGAAGCUUCUUCACGGACAAGUAACUAAAUUAGGAUAUGAAAGGAGUGUGUUUGUUGGAACAACACUCUUGUCCAUGUACUUCAAAAACGGGGAAGCUGAAUCUGCACAGAAGGUGUUUGGUGUGAUCACGGAAAGGGAUGUUGUUCUCUGGACUGAGAUGAUUGUUGGGGAAUCUAGAGUGGGAAACAGUGAGUGUGCAGUCCAACUCUUUAUUGAAAUGUACCGAGAAAAAAAUAGAACUGAUGGUUUUUCCCUGAGUAGUGUUUUAGGUGCAUGUUCAGAUAUGGCGAUGCUAAGACAAGGUCAAGUGUUCCAUUCUCUUGCCAUUAAGACGGGGUUCGACAAUGUUAUGUCAGUAUCUGGAGCACUAGUAGACAUGUAUGGGAAAAACGGCAAAUACGAAACUGCAGAAUCAAUAUUCUCUCUUGUUUCAAAUCCAGAUUUGAAAUGUUGGAACUCAAUGCUAGGAGCUUAUAGUCAGCAUGGAAUGGUAGAAAAAGCUCAGAGUUUCUUCGAACAAAUACUAGAAAACGGAUUCACCCCGGAUGCUGUAACAUACUUGUCUUUAUUAGCAGCCUGCAGCCACAAGGGAUCAACGCAGGAAGGUAAGUUCCUGUGGAAUCAAAUGAAGGAACAGGGCAUCACAGCAGGGUUUAAACACUACUCUUGCAUGGUGAGUUUGGUAUCCAAAGCUGGGUUAUUAGGCGAAGCACUGGAACUGAUAAAACAAUCUCCUCCCGAGAACAAUCAAGCAGAGCUCUGGAGAACUCUGCUAAGUGCCUGUGUUAACGCAAGAAACUUGCAGAUUGGACUAUAUGCAGCUGAUCAGAUCCUGAAACUUGAUCCAGAAGACACUGCAACACACAUUCUACUAUCUAAUCUGUAUGCGGUGAAUGGGAGAUGGAAGGAUGUUGCAGAGAUGAGAAGGAAGAUUAGAGGAUUAGCUUCAGCUAAAGAUCCAGGAUUGAGCUGGAUUGAAGUGAACAACAACAAUACACACGUUUUCUCCUCUGGAGACCAGUCUAACCCAGAAGUUAUAACUCAAGCUCAAGAUGAAUUACAUAGAUUAAAGAGUAAUAUGUUGUGUAGAUCAGCAUUCCAUGAACAAGAUUCAUAUCUUAUAAGACUUAUCUCUUCAGAUUAAAAGUUUGUUCUAAACAAGUAUCGUCAUUUCAAUUCGAAAUCACUAGUGUAAA